AUCGACCGUACGGAUGCCGAGAAAAGACACGACGAGAUUCUGAAGAAACGCAAGCUCGAACACGUCGAGAAAUUGGCAGAAAAGUCGUACCGAGACCGCAUCAAGGAAUUUAACGACAAGCUUGAGCGCGCGCCCGAGCACCACGACAUGCCUAAGGUCGGCCCUGGAUAG